AUGGGUGCUCAAAUACAAGUGUUCGAACCUGAACCCUCGCCGUCCUCCUUACUCGCACUCAAAGUAGCAUCCACGCACCCACGCUUGCCCACAUACUUGAACUCACACCCACGUCCCCACUUCCUCCCAAGCACAACCACCAAGCAACCCCGCCCCAACCCAUGGGCCUCUUCUCCCGCAACCAAAAAGGGCCCGACCUACAGAUACAAAAUCGCCGCCGACCAGGACCGUGCAGGACGUCGGCUUCUCCACAAUCUAAACGCCGGCAAUGUCGAUCUCGGCGGGCGCACCUUUGUGCCAGGUCAAGAGACUAUGAUGCCUGAUGAGAAUGGGGUGCCGGUGUUUGUGGAGUAUAUGGGGGUUGUGGGAGGGGAGGGGUGCUGGAAGCAGCUGGUUAUGUUUAGGGAUAUGCAGGAGAGGUUGCAUAGGGAGAAGGCGGAUAGGAAGAGCAGGGGGAAGAAGGUAUGCAUCAAGCCUCCGUGCCCACAGCCCAAAAAACCGUACGAACGAGAACGCUCCUCCAGACACCCUACCCACCAAGCCCCAGCAUCCAACUCGCACUUUCUCCUUGCUCAAACUCGCUUCGACAAGGAAGUCCAGGCCUUACAGGCCUCGAAAUCCUUUUUCAGCCAUACCAAUCCCACGUCCUCGCGAUGUGUCCAACCUCACGAGCCCUUGUAUACACCACGCCAUCACACUCCGAGCCAUGCGUUUCCAGCUCCAUUCCAGCACUGGCCUACAGACUACUUCGAAUCCCAAACUCUAUCCCAGUUCCCGCCCCAGCUCCAACAAAACCACCACACGACCGCACAAAGCAUCCCCGAUCCCCUAGUCACACAACAAGGACCACUGGGCAUGUACGGCAAACGCGCAUAUGUCCCCGGUCAGACGGAGCUGCAGAGGAAGUUCACAGGGAGCCAGACGGAUCCACAGCAGCGGUAUGAAUAUCUUGCUGAGCUGGAUAAAUUGAGAAAGGAGAAUGAGAGGCAGGGACGUGGGGGAUGGGGGUGA